AAGUUCAUGUUCUAAUUAAGAUAACUGAGUAAAUCCAUCACAAACAUCUGUACCGAUGAUGAGUCUUUGAAUUGAAAGGAGACAUGAAAACAAUACGUCAAAUAUUUUCAACCAUAAUGGGAAGAUAGUCGGUCACACUCAACAACUGGCCUUUGUUUUUGGGUUGUUUCACUGAAGUGUCCCAAACCAAUGGUGGGGAAUACUUCCUCCUUAUCUCUUUCUCAAUAUAAACGAUGCACCUUCGCUUCCUUUUAAAAAAUACACUUUAAAAACAUCACACAAUCAUCAAUUACUAACAAAAGCUUGUUAUGAAAACACAACAAACAAUGAGGGAGGAGGCAGUGAAGAAUUUGGAAAAGAAAAAGAAGUCUUGUUCACCGAGAGGAGUUGGGAAGUUUCUGAACAAGAAGAAAGGAAAGUUCUACAUCAUUGGGAAAUGUAUUACUAUGCUUCUUUGUGCACACGAGUGAUCCUCUCAUCAUCACACACAUUUGUACGCAUGUAUAUAUAGAGUUAAAGUUUACAUCCAUGCGGGUGUGUUGUAUAUUUAUAUUCUUGUUCUUGCCAACUGUAUACGUGUGCACAAAAAAAGAUAAAACAAUAUAUAGAACAUGCGACAUUAUGCUAA